GUUCCAGAACAAAGUCCUCAAGUAGAAACUUUCGAAACGUGGUUUUCGAGACAGAAAAGAGAAGUGAAAGAUGAUUCUGCAGACAAAUCUAAUGUAAACACUACUGUUAAAUUCUUCCAUACAGUGGAUGAAAUAAAUGAAGAUACCCUGAAGACAUCAAAUAAAACUGGAACAUUAGAGGCACAUAAGGUACAAUUAAACAAAUUACCAAAAAUAUCACGAAGGACAAAUUUACUAGACCACAUUAACAAAACUGCACAAAGUACGCUUCAUAUAGAAUAUAAUCAACCACAAGAUUAUGAACAUCACAUAGCGGAAAAUAAAAUAGACUCAGUUUCUCACAUUGCAAAUAAGCUAGAUGAAAAUGAGCUACAGAAAAUUAUCGGUAAUUAUUCACAAAGUACAAAAGACAAAGACUUGUCAAAGCUUGUCGUAAAUGAACUAAAACCGGGAAAUGAAAUCAUUGGAGGUAAAAAUGUUACACCAAUAUCAAACAUUACUUUCACCCCAGAGAAUGAUACCUUAACAGCAAUGGCGUUUAUUGCUGGUAACCUUUUGACUAAACUAUGGAAUAUUGAGAAAGAUGCAGGUGAUGAUUCCGUCGAAACUGAAAUACUCAAGCAUGAAAAAAUAAACAACUUGCUAGAUUUAUUUAAAGAACCACUCAGUAUUCGGCAAGAAUUUUUUUUAAAGAAUGCCUUAGAAAAACUAUCAGAUUCACUCAGUAAAAAUAGAGGUGUGAAUAAUGUCUCAAUUUGCGAAACAGUUACAGGACCAGACAUUUAUUAUAAUAGUGACGAAAUAAGCGAUAAGGGUAACAGGGGACUGGCUAAAGACAAUGAAACCAAAUGUGUGCAGAAUGAAUAUAGUAAAAUGUCAAAUGUACCAGAAAACCAAUACAAUGUAACCGUUGGUGUAGUUUCAGAACUACAUAAUGUUUUAGGUUUGAUUAAAAAAUUUGAGACUGUACAGGAAAAUAUAAAGAAUAUGAAACAAUUAAAAGCUCCUAAACAACUAAAUUCUAAUCCAAGUGCUACUGAUAAGAAUUCACCAUUUGAACUUUUUGGAACACUGUUGGAUAAAAUUACAAAACUGUUAAUUCCAAAUAGAAGUAAAGUUAGGAAAGUGACAAACAGACUGCAAAAUUCAUAUCAAUUUGCGAAAAAAAGUAACGUCAAUAAUGUUUAUGAAACUAAAUUUAAUAUAAGUUUAGGUAAAAUGAAUAUAACUAUGAAAGAUAAGUUACUUCUAGAUUAUCUAAGACAUAUUGACAAUAAUCCACAAUGCCUUUUACGGAAAAAUAAACAAGAAAAUUAUAGUCCCGAUAUGAAUAUUGAAGGAAAUAUCCUUAACAAUUUAUCGGAAUUUUUCAAAAUAAAAUCAUUUGUUGAUUUAAUGAAAAUAACACAAUCUGAAGAUAUCACUACAAAAAUUCCUGAACUUACGACGUUCACGACUGGAAUUCCUAUUGAAAGCUCAAGUUUAAAAAGUUUGUUAAGGAAUAACUUUAUAGGUGAAACCAUAAAAUUAAAAACUCCGACAGAUAAGCUCAAAAUGCAUUUAAAAGCAAUUAUUGAUGACUUACAACAAUUACAAAAAGAACAUGGUAUACAUAAUGGUAAAAAUAUUAGUGUUAUGGAUGCUAUGCCUUGCAUUUUUAAAAUCCUGAACACUAACAUGUAUUCAAACAAAAAUGAUUUACAGAACAUAAUUCAAAUAAAGCCUUUAGAUAAACUCAAUAGUUUGUUAGAAACGUUAAAAAUUGAAUUCCAGGCUGAUUUACCAACACGUAGAAACAAUAUAAUGCCUCACGAUAUACCAAAAUCAACAAAAAUAUGGGAAAGAAUGAUCAAAAACAUUAAUAAUGGUCACAUAAAUACACGCAGAAAUUUUAAAAUAGAUAAACCAAAAACAUUUGAGGAACUAAAACGUGAUAUGGAUAAAGUUGAACUUAUGGGUAAUACUUACAAAAAUUUUGCUAUACUUUCCGAGAUACCACCUCAUAAACGAUUAAUGUUAUUAAAAACUUUGGAAGCUGAUACUAAACAACAGUCAAUUGCUUUAUCUAAUAUUAAAAAGUCAGUGAAAACUCUUAAUGAAUUGUCUGUAAAUAAACGUAAUGAUAUUGAAGAAUUCAUUGACAACGUUGAGAACAAUGUCCGUCUGAGCAAUAAGGUGUUAAAAAGUCUAUACAAAAUAAAAAAUAAUAUAAAUAAAAAGUCUGAAGUAGAAAAAAUAGUAACUAACAGAAAUGAGCAAGCAGUAAGGUUACCGGAAUUUUUGAACGAACCUAUAAAAGACGUUAAAUAUAAAUAUAAUAAUAUCAAGUUUAGCAGAGAUCAUAUUUUGAACCAACUUAUAAUGAAUCGCGUGCGACUUUAUUUGAAGUCCAAGGAGGCCAGUGGUUCCGAUCUCGUUAAUGAUAUAAACUUUAAUAUCGGUAAAAGGAUUAUGGUUCUUAUUCAGUGUGGAAAUCUGAAUGUUGCCAAAGAGCUAUUCAAAAUAUUUUUGGCUAACAAACAAAAAGAAGAAAAGUUGUCCAAAAAUAAAGAUUUUACUACAGCUGUAAAACGUUCAAAGAAAAGAAAUCCCCUGUUUUUUGCACAAAGUGAGCCACAUAUGAGAUCUGAAGAACCAAAAAGAGAACUUGGUGUAGAGACACAAGAUAAUUUUUAUAAACUUUUUUAAGGCAUUGAUAUAUUGUGUUUAUAAUGAAGUGUACAUAAACUUAGUUAAAAUAUAAAUAAAGUUAGUUUUAUACUUUUCUUUAAAUAAGAUAAUGUUUUAUUUAAACAAAAUGCCACUAAAAACAUGUUCAUAUGAAGUAAAGCAAACACAGAACGCCACAGGAAACAUAAUUAUGUACCUGCGCUGCCAUUUUCGCAUUGGUGGGGCCACCAGAUAGAUAGGCAUAUGAA